CUCAUUUGCUUGGGCAUCUGAGAAAAGCUCCAGCAAAAAUAUAUUUGGCGAGGAAGUACUCCGUCAUCUGUCUCUUUUGGUCAUCGCACCGGCGUAAACAGAUGCGUUCAUUCAGAUCUGUUGGAGUUUAAAACCUGAAAUCGAUCUAUAGAUCUGAAUCAGAUCACACCCUAUCAAACCCUAAUGUCGUGUUUAGCCCUUUCACUGCAACCCACCAACGGACCUGACGUUCUUCUUCAGACACGAGAAUGGUUUCCUCCAUCUCGGGCCCUAAUGGCUCUCUCCGCCUUUCGGCAGACCCGUCUGGCCUUCUCCAAACAAGCUCAAUCGGCUGCCGUCCUGUCCUCAUCGGACCCCACACCCUCGGAUGCCCUAGGAGAUGAUCCUCUAGCUGCUUCUUCAGGUCAGGUUAUUGUUGGCAUGGAGUCCCGAUAUCGUGUUGUUUACCGACUUGUUAAUUCAAUUUAUGUUCUUGCGAUCACCACUGCUGAUGAAAAUGUUAAAGAUCGAAUUGUGAAUAAUGUGUUUGAGUGCAUUACCAUGGUAAAUCAAGCAGUUUCUGUCGUAGUUACAGCUUGUAGGGGUGUGGAUGUGACCCCUGAAAAGCUUAGUAAGAAAUAUGCUGAAAUCUACAUGGCUUUGGAUAUAGUUCUGAGAGGGGUUAGUAGCAUCAGACUUGCAGCAAUGCUGGCCUCGAUGCAUGGCGAGAGCAUUGCCAAAAUGGUGCAUUCUGCUGCCAAUACAGAGAAUAAGAUCCGGGGGGCUGAGACUUGGGGGAGUUUGGAAGCUCAGUCUGUGGAACAUAGAACCGGUGUAGAAUCAUUUUUCAAAACAUCAUUUGAGUUGCCUCCAGAGACGCUGCAGGCUGGUGAUGAAGUUGCAGCCACAUUGGUGAUCACAGGUACGGAGAAGGAGGAGAAGGACAAAGUGGAAGACAGUGAGGAGAAGGAUCCAUUUGCGGCUAGUGACAGGUUAAACAAGCCGGAGUCAUUGGUGGCAGAGUUUAAGAGGGACAAGGAUAAGGAAAGCUCUGAUAUAAGCAAAGCUUUAGCUGGGCUCGAGGUAAGUACAUUGCCACCUGCUGCAGCCAGUCAGUCCACACACAUUGGUGUCGAAGGGUUUGAAGGGGAUUAUGGUGGGAUAGAAUUUAGUACUGACGGAUCAACACUUCGGGAGGAUUUUGAAGGGAUCAAUGUUUCAUGGGGUGGAGGAUUGGAUGCUUCAGAGUAUCUAGGAACCAAAAAAGUUAAGAAAGAUGAAGGGCUUGGUGGCCUCGAGUUUUUGGAAACUAGUGAGCCACCUAAAACUGAAGCUGCAGAGGAGAGUGCUGCUCCCAAGAAUCUUGAGGAUGUUUUGGUGAAUAAGAUGAAGGGACCAGAGCUAUACAUUUCAGAAAUCAUCAGUGCCGAAUUCAGGGAGUCCUUGCUUUCUAGAGUUGGAAUGAUGGGCACAAUCUACUUGAUGACGAUGCCUCCAAAUCCUAAUGGUGACAAGGAAACUGAAUUCUCUUUCAAGGUUGAUGGGACUUCUGGAAUUAAGAGACUUGUUAUGCAAAAUUCUCUUGUCAGCUGUCUUGGGAAUGGGAUUUUUCACUUGAAGACUGCCCCUUCAAAGGAACCUAUUCCAAUUAUAAAGUACAGCUUACUACCACGCUUAACUACUUUGCCAUUGCGGGUUCGGCUUGUUCAGAGCCUCAGUGGCACAUUAUUCUCCGUCAUGCUGCAAUAUGCACCAAAUCCUGAUCUGCCCGCUCCAUUAACUAAUGUCACUUUUGUUCUGAAACUUCCUGUGGAUCCGUCCUUGGUAAAGGUUUCCCCAAAAGCUGUACUGAACAGGUCCGAGAAAGAACUAAAAUGGCUUAUAGAAGAGAUCCCACCAAAGGGUAAACCUGGUAGGUUAAGGGCUAGGUUUCCCGUGGAUGCAAGUGAUGAAAGUAGUAUUGAUGAACUUGAGGUUGUAGGGUAUGUAAAGUUUUCUGCUCAAGGAACUAGAUCAUUGUCUGGCAUCUCCUUGCUGCCUGCUGUUGAGGGUAAGAGAGACUUUUAUGAGGGUUAUCACAAAUAUGCAGCUGGGACUUACAUUUGCAACUAAAUGUUCAUUUUGUUCUUCUAUUUCAUGUUGUAUUUCCUUUUUAUGUCCUCACAAGACAAUCAAAAUGGCAAUGAGGUUUUGUAUUGAAAUUACAUGUAACUAUGUGCAUGGCGGUGUGGCAUGUCAUAACGACAAAUACUUCUAUGUUUGUGUGUUUAAAAUGUCUGGUUUUUGGUUAUGCAACGGUGAAUGAACUUUGCAGAACCUU